AUGACAACUACUGCAUCAUUUAACCAGACUUUCAAGGUCAGUGACAAUAUUGCCGUCAUUGUGCCAGAGUCGGGUGUCCAAGUGACAUAUCGCGACUUGUCGCACAUGACAGGGCAUUUCCAAACUAUGUUCCGUGCGUCGGAUUCGCCAUUAUACGACAUCACUAGACAAUCGGCCGUCGCAAUUUCAAUGCCCAAUGGUCUCGAAUUUAUUACUGCAUUUUUAGGUGUUACGACUGACGGUAAGGUCGGCGCUCCUUUGAAUCCUAACUACAAGGAGAAGGAAUUCAACUUUUACUUGAAUGAUUUAAAGGCUAAGGUUAUCUGUGUCCCUCGUGGUACUGUUGCGGCUACAAAAAAGGCAGAAAUUAUUAAAUCAGCUGCUAAAUUCAGUUGCUUUGUGGUCGAGCUUUACUUCAAUUCUGACAGGUUCAGAGUUGAGUACGAUAUCUAUACUCCUGAGGAUGGUUACCGCCAAAAAAUCUAUUCUUCGUUGAACAAUGCCGCGUUCAUUAAUCAUUCGGACUCUUUCCCUGGCUUUGCCCGCUCGUCUGACGUUGCCCUAAUUUUGCACACUAGCGGUACUACUUCGACGCCAAAAACCGUUCCGCUAUUACACUUGAACAUCGUGAGAAGCACCCUGAACAUUGUGAACACCUAUAAGCUGGCCUCUAAGGACCGCUCUUACAUUGUGAUGCCCUUGUUCCACGUGCAUGGUUUAAUCGGUGUUCUGUUAUCUACUUUUAGGGCGCAAGGUUCCGUCGUCGUGCCUCCAAAGUUCAGUGCCAAGAACUUUUGGGCUGAUUUUGUGAAAUGGCAUUGUAACUGGUUCAGUUGUGUACCAACUAUCAGCAUGAUUAUGCUAAAUAUGCCAAAACCUAAUCCAAUGCCCCACAUCAGGUUCAUUAGAUCAUGUUCGUCUGCGCUGGCACCUGCUACUUUUGCCAAGUUGGAAAAAGAAUUCGGUGCUCCUGUCUUGGAGGCUUAUGCAAUGACAGAGGCAUCGCAUCAAAUGACGUCGAACAACCUACCACCUGGAAAAAGAAAGCCCGGUACCGUUGGCCAACCACAAGGCGUUGAAGUUGUUAUUCUCGAUGACAAGGACAACAUUCUUCCUCAAGGCUCCAUUGGUGAAGUUUCCAUUCGUGGUGAAAAUGUUACGCCAGGUUAUGCCAACAAUCCAAAGGCGAACAAGGAGAACUUCACAGCGAGGGAGAACUACUUCCGCACCGGUGACCAAGGUUACUUCGACCCGGAGGGAUUUUUGGUCCUCACUGGUAGACUAAAGGAAUUGAUUAACAAGGGUGGUGAAAAGAUCUCUCCGAUCGAACUUGAUGGUAUCAUGCUUGCUAACCCUAAGGUCGAUGAAGCUGUCUCUUUUGGGGUUCCUGAUGAAAAGUAUGGCCAAGAAGUAAAUGCUGCGAUAGUUCUAAAGCCAAACCAAAAAAUGGACUACAAAGAGCUUAUCGGAUACAUGUCUGAUAAGGUUUCCAAAUUCAAGCUUCCAUCAAAGGUGUUUUUCGUCGAGAAGUUGCCAAAGACGGCUACUGGUAAGAUUCAACGUCGUAUCAUCGCUGAGGUUUUUGCGAGCAAGAGUAAGUUAUAA